CUCGACAGGAAGCGGAGUAUGGAGGUUGUGCGCAUGUGCAGCUGCGUUUUCUUAGGCAGGGCGGCUCUGAAAGCCAGGAACGAUCUGAUGUGAGAGAGAAACCCUUUUAACGGCGACGUCUUUGACCCUCCUACAUGGGAUCUCUGAAUCAGCCUUCCUUCUAGCUGCGGAUCAGAGGCCUUUUGCUUAUUUCAGCAUGCCUGAAAUCAAAGUUACUCCACUAGGAGCUGGCCAAGAUGUGGGUCGGAGCUGCAUUCUUGUGUCCCUUGGGGGCAAAAAUGUUAUGUUGGACUGCGGCAUGCAUAUGGGAUAUAAUGACGAUAGGCGAUUUCCUGAUUUCUCCUACAUCACUCAGAAUGGAAGGCUGACGGAUUUCCUGGACUGUGUCAUCAUCAGUCAUUUCCACUUGGACCACUGCGGGGCCCUUCCGUAUUUCAGUGAGAUGGUUGGCUACGACGGGCCCAUUUACAUGACCCACCCGACCAAAGCCAUCUGCCCCAUCCUGCUGGAGGACUUCAGGAAAAUCACGGUGGACAAGAAAGGAGAGACCAAUUUCUUCACCUCCCAGAUGAUCAAGGACUGUAUGAAAAAAGUGGUGACCGUCCACCUCCAUCAGACGGUCCAGGUGGAUGAUGAAUUGGAAAUCAAAGCUUAUUACGCUGGUCACGUCCUGGGAGCGGCCAUGUUCCAGAUUAAAGUUGGCUGUGAGUCCGUGGUUUAUACGGGAGAUUAUAACAUGACUCCGGAUAGGCAUUUAGGGGCCGCCUGGAUUGACAAAUGCCGCCCCGAUCUGCUCAUCACGGAGUCCACCUACGCCACCACCAUUCGGGACUCCAAACGCUGUCGAGAGCGAGACUUCCUGAAGAAGGUCCACGAAGCCAUUGAGCGUGGAGGGAAGGUUCUCAUCCCAGUAUUUGCUUUAGGACGGGCCCAGGAGCUUUGCAUUUUACUGGAGACCUUCUGGGAGCGCAUGAACUUGAAGGCCCCCAUCUACUUUUCGACGGGGUUGACGGAGAAAGCCAACCACUACUACAAGCUCUUCAUCACGUGGACCAACCAGAAGAUCCGGAAAACCUUCGUCCAGAGGAACAUGUUUGAGUUCAAGCACAUCAAAGCCUUUGACCGGGCCUUUGCUGAUAACCUGGGGCCGAUGGUUGUGUUUGCCACCCCAGGGAUGCUCCAUGCAGGCCAGUCGCUCCAGAUCUUCAAGAAAUGGGCCGGGAACGAGAAAAACAUGGUAAUCAUGCCGGGGUACUGCGUGCAAGGAACGGUCGGCCAUAAAAUCUUGGGAGGUCAACGGAAGCUGGAAAUGGAAGGAAGACAGAUUUUGGAAGUGAAGAUGCAGGUGGAGUACAUGUCGUUCAGCGCCCACGCGGACGCCAAAGGCAUCAUGCAGCUCAUUCGCCAGGCCGAGCCCCGGAACGUCCUCCUGGUCCAUGGAGAGGCCAAGAAGAUGGAGUUCCUGAAGCAGAAGAUUGAACAGGAAUUCCAUGUCAACUGCCACAUGCCUGCCAAUGGGGAGACGGUGACCAUCUUCACCAACCCAAGCAUCCCUGUGGACAUUUCCCUUGGCCUGCUGAAAAGAGAACUCACUGUUGGCCCCGUGCCAGACGCAAAGAGGCCGAAGCUCAUGCACGGGACCUUGAUCAUCAAAGAUAACAGCUUUCGCCUGGUGUCUCCUGAGCAAGCCCUCAAGGAACUGGGCCUGGGCGAACACCAGCUGAGGUUCACCUGCCGGAUCCACUUCCAGGACCCCCGGAAAGAGCACGAGACAGGACUCCGGGUUUACAACCACCUCAAGAGCGUUUUGAAGGAUUACUCCGUCCAGCAUCUCUCCGACACCUCUAUCAUGGUGGAAUCCAUCCUGAUCCAGGUCACUGUACAGUCGGAAGAUCCCGCCACCAAACUUCUCCUGGUCUCCUGGACGUACCAGGAUGAAGAAACUGGGAGCUACGUGACCUCCCUCUUGAAAAAGGCAUUGCCCCAAAUCACAGCUUAAGCCCUGGAGUCUGCUGGGAAUCUUCAACCCCACAAAAUCCAGGGAACCAUGUAAAUACUCCGAUGGUCAGGAGGUGUGUUUAUUUUAAAAUAAAAGCAAGUUUUGUUUCUA